AACUUUUUAUUAACCUCACUUUUUAGAUAGACGUCAUUUUAUGGCUACAGAAAAAAAAAAUAAGAUGUAAUGACGACUUUAUGUAUCUGUGGUAAAUCUUCAUAUAUAAAAAUUAUAAAAAUCUGACAAAUCUGUCACUAAUAAUAUGGUAUCUAUCAAAAAUACCAAAGCAAUGGUAAUUUUCUGUUUAUAAAUAGGUAUUUAUAAACAAAACUCUUUAAAAUCUAUUUUCGAAAUUAUGGCAGAUCCAGAAAACCAAGACAAUGAUCAGGACGAUCAGAAUUUCCCUAUGGAGAUAGAAAACGGACACAUAACUGACUCAAAUUCUGGUCCUGAAGAUGAAAGUUCUGACGAUGAAAAUAUACAAUUAGCAAACUCAGAUACCGGAGAAUAUGAUAGAGACAUCCCUACAACUCAUGGGUACCUUGGAAAGUUAAACCCUUUAAGUGGAUACACUAUAUUUGAAGAUGGAGAUCAACUACAUAUUCUCGCGAUAUAUACAGAUACUUUAGUGUUUCCUGGCUUUACGUUACCUCUGGUACUGUACAAUUACGAUGAAAAUCGAGUUAUGCAAAAUUUUAUUAAAGAGAACAACAGAGUUUUCGUGUUACUUUGUGCCAAUUCAGCUUAUAGUGGUAUAUAUGAGUAUGGAGUCACAAUGGAAAUAUACGAGACAAAACAGAAGAGGGGUUUGUUACAUAUAAAAGCUCGCGGUAGACAGAGAUGUCGAAGAUUACCUGGCUCUCCCCUAGAAAAUGUUGCAAGUAGAAUAAGAUUAGUCACAGUCAGAAUCGUUGCUGAACCAGCAAUAACAUCACCCCUGCAAGAUACUCAGCUUUUAGCACUAAAAAAUAAAAGAAAAUGGGCUAUAAAGAAUUACAGUGAACUGUCUCGAUGUAAAGUAUAUAGAAGGUACCACACAGCACAGUACCCCUUUCCUUUUUGGAUAUACGAUAUGAAUGAAGUAAGUUACUAUAUAAAAGUACUUUUAGAUGCUUUAAGUUCAUAUGGAAGAGAAUAUAUACCCACUGACCCAGAAAAACUGUCUUAUUGGUUUGCACAAAACUAUCAGUUGAGUCAUGAAGAAAGAUUACAAUUAUUGAGUUUGAAAACUACUUUAGAACGAUUAAAAUUAGAGUGUAUAUUUUUGAAAUUAGGUAGGUUAAUAUGUUGUGAAAAUUGUGAAGUUUUAAUCACGGACCCUGCACAAGUGUUUGUAAUGUCCAAGGAUGGGAUACAGAGCAAUUAUGUGAAUCCAGGAGGCCACGUUUAUGAAACAGUCACAGUUCUAUCGGCAACCAAUUUCCAGUUAGUUGGCAACCCUUCCAAACAGUUCUCUUGGUUUCCAGGUUAUGCCUGGACAGUUAUGCAAUGUACUUUCUGUAACAAGCAUCUGGGCUGGAAAUUUACAUCUAACAAUUUGAAUCCGAAAGAAUUUUUUGGCUUAGCCAAGUCAGGGUUCAAAAUUUUGUGUCAGACUCCAACGAUCCAAGAAGAUUUAACAGCGAGUCAAGAGCAAUAGGAUAACGUAAAAUUUAUUUGAGUCGGUAAAUAUUUUGUUAUUCUGUCAUAUGAUCGAAAAAAAAACACGGCCGUGAGACGAUGAUCGAUCAUAAUUUUGGCGGGGUUAGUCUCUAGACGUCGCGUCGUUUACUAAAAAUUGACAUAAAACAAAAUUAAUACUAAUUAUAGAAAGAUUAAGAAGGAUUGACUUGACUUCUCCAAAAUUUUCAUCAAUUGUUAUUCCCCAGACAUCUCUGACGCCGUUUUUUCCUCGAUCGUAUGGUAUAACCAAAAAAGGUUUUGUUUUAUGAAAGAUAUGAGACAGAUGUGUUUCUAGCUGUUGUGUGACAUACCAACUUUUUAUUUUUAUGUUAUUAAGGAUUUCUUUAGUAACUGGCUUUUUAUUCGAACAGAACAAUUAUGGCUGAUUUUUUUAUUAGAAUAAUUUUACUUUAAUUUUAGAAAUGGACCAGUAGGCUGGUCUAUAUAUACACGUUCAUAACCUUCUUGAUAUUAGGAAUAACCUAUAACAAUUAGCGAUGGGAACUAUCGAAUGAAUUAGACU